AUGUCGAAGGUUAAACCUGAUGCCAAUCCGCAGGUGAAGAAGAAAGCCAACAUGCCGCAGGUGAAGAAGAAAGCCAACAUACCACAGCAGAAGAAGAAUAAGAACCUACCAACAGAUUCAACUUCAGAAACAUUUGACUCACUCUACAAAGUAUUGAGUGUUGUAGAAGAAAAAUUCAACGAAAAGAAGAAGAAGAGGAAGGAGAAGAAGGAGAAGGAGAAGCAGGUUCAGGUUGAGGAGGAGAAGAUGGAGAUGGACAUGGGGAAGGAGAAGCAGGUUCAGGUUGAGGAAAAAUUCAAUGAAAAGAAGAAGGGGAGGAAGGAGAAGAUGGAGAAGGAGAAGCAGGUUCAGGUUGAGGAGGAAGGUAGUGAAGAGGCGGAAAGUGGAGAUGAGGAAGGUGCUGAAGAGGGGGAAAAUAGCAAGGUUUCUGUCAGAAGAAAUAUUUGA